UAGGAACAUUGUUAAAUCAAAUAAAUUUUUAUCAUUUUCGUUUGAAUUGAUGAUGGAACUUAUCCAGAGUGACGACUUAUGUGCAGAAGAAGAAGAGGUUUACGAAUCUACUAUGAUGUGGUUGAAAUACGACUUGAAAGAGCGUGUGAAAUACUUACCAGUGUUAAUUAAGUCCAUUCGGUUAAGUCUAAUAUCAGUUGAUUAUUUGGAUAAUACUGUUCAAGAAGAGGAUCUCAUUCAAUCUGAUAUUGCAUGUAUGCGUUGCUUAUUUCAUGCCUAUAAAGUCCACCGGCAGACAAAGACCAUGGAUAAUGGAUCAAUAUUAAAUUAUAAUAUUACACAUCGAAAAUUCACCAAGAAAUCACAGUCAUUUAAUAUUUUUGGAAAUCAAUGUUUCAAAGAUGAUAACAUUUCACCACUCAACAAUUUUUUGCUUAUUAAAGAUUCACCAGAAUUUAUGUCAUUCAAAUUUGAACAGAUAAUGGAACUAAUUAAAAGCGAUGAUUUAUGUGCUGAAGAAUUACAAGUAUGUAUACAACAACAAAAAAAAAAGCUGGGCAAGUGAGUACACUCUACUGUACAAUAGGUGUCGUCUAGAAGGGGUCUCUAGCUGUAAUGUUAAAUUUGAAUUGAAUCAUAUAAAAUCAUUGUACAUAUACGAAAAAUGAUUCUGAGGGAAGAUACCGUCCAUCAACCUAUAUUACUAAGUAUACCUUAUGAUAUUAUUGCUAUUAAAGUAAUUAAUUUUACUAUUGUCAUAAUAACAGUUGAAAAAUGUUAAUGAUAUAUCGACGGUGGAAGGAAAAACGGUGUAAGCGACAUUUUAUUAAUUUUACAGGAG